AUGUUUGGAAUCACACUGCGCGAUGCACACUACUCAGAGCUUCCAGAAGUAGCUCGAGUAAUGUCGAGAGCCUUUUGGAAGGAUGUUCUCUUCGGUGACCUCAUCCAUCCCCAUCGUGAACAAUACCCUGAAGAUGUCGAUCUUUACUGGCUUCGUCGCGCCCGAGUUGUCUUCUGGGACUACCGCUGGCGCUUGAUAGUUGCCGUUUCCAAAGACGACAGCGGCAAAGAGACUAUCAUCGGUAUCGCCCAAUGGGAACGGUUGGGUGAUGGAGGAAAAAAGCUCGAAUGCUCAACCUUGGAUCCUCGAAACCUCCUCAAACCUCUUUCGUCACUCGGAAUGAGCGUCCACGCCCGUCUCUAUCCCAACCGCGCCGCCGACCCAGCCCAAGAAGACGUCGUUGAACGCGCAUACCCGUGCUUCGACAGCAUCUGGAGCGGCAAGCGCGCUGAAUCAUGGUACCUUGCUACACUGGCUAUACGUCCAGACUUCCACGGGAAGGGAGUAGGGAGAAAGCUUGUCCAGUGGGGGUUGGAGAAGGCACAAGAAGAGAAUGUUUGUGCCUCGUUGGCCGCCGUUGAGGGGACGGAGGAGUUUUAUAUCAAGUGUGGUUUUAAGGAGCAGUUUGGGAGUGCGAAUAGUGGAGAAGGGAAUCCUUUGGCUGAUAUACCUGGCGCCCUCAUGUUUUGGUAUUGGCCAAGAUCUUGA